GACCAGCAGCCUGACGACACUCGUCAUUUACCGCGUUAAGCUAACGGAUUCACCAGCGAACUCGCCGCACUCACCAGAUAUCCCAGAUAUGGUUCACUUCUAACGAAAUCAAACGAACUUCGCGAGAGUUUCUUUCAGAGGAAAAGAAAGAACUCCGGCUUUUUUUUCUCCUCCAAACAAGAGAAGAGAUGAGGAGAACCAAACGACAUCAACCACAAAGAAGAUAAGACACACAAGACAGAGAGAUUAAAAAAAAAAUGCCACCAACCCCGGGCACCCUCAAGAAACCCGUUCCCACCCACUUCCUCUGCAUUCCCCUCGCCGCCAGCCCGGCCGCCCGCGCCCAACUGGCCGCCUCCCUCUCGGCCUUUCGCAGCGACGUCUGCGCGUCCCCUGCCGCGGGCGGGUUCGAUGUGCCCUUCGACGCGGUCCGUCCCGUCGGGACAGUGCACCUGACGCUGGGCGUCAUGAGCUUCCCAACGCCGCCGCCGCCGCCACCGCCGAGGGGGCGCACCGACGCGGUUUCCGGCGGCGGUAGUGGAGGAGGCGAUGCUGAUGGUAGCGGUUCGGAAGGGGAGGCGCAGCGGUCGGAGGAGGGAGGCCCUCGGUCGGCAGGGCUGCAGCGGGCGAGGGAGGUGCUCGCCGGCAUCGGGCUGCGGACCAUCUGGAGGGAGGUGGUGCGCGGGAGGCAGGGGGACGCGGUCCGGCGGCUGGAGGGGAUGGCGCAGGGGAGGGUCGGCACCGGGUUGGUGAAGAAGGAAGGGCACGAGCAGGAGGAGGAGCGGGAGCGGGAGCGGGAGGAAGAGGAGGAGGAGGAGGGGGAAAGGCCGAGGAUCACGCUCAGAGGCCUGGCGUCUAUGCAACCCGCGGAGAAGGCGGCGGUGCUCUACGCUCCGCCCGUCGACCAGUUCGGGCUGCUCCAGGCCUUCUGCGAGAAGGUCAGGGACGUGUUUAAGGAGGCGGAGCUCAUGGUGGAUGAGGACCGGCCGCUUCUCUUGCAUGCCACUGUGGUGAAUACGACCUAUGUCAAAGGGAACCGAGGCGAAGGGGGUGGCAGCAGGGGCAAGGGUGGCCGGGGCCGGAGAGGGGGAAAGAAGUGGGAACGGCUGGUAUUUGACGCGAGAGGUAUCAUUGACCGCUACGAGGAUCAGGUGUGGUUGGAGAACAUGCCCCUGGAUAAGGUCGCGAUAUGUAGGAUGGGCGCGACGAAGAUAAUGGUGAACGGCGAAGAGGACGAGGCAUACGAGGUAGAGGCCGAGGUGAACUUCUAGUGUGCUGUCCCACGAACCGGGACAGCACAUCCGGGUGUCUGGCCUCUCGGUUGGCUACAAUACCGUACACACCACCUUCGCCAUAGCUAAGUCACAAUGUUGCCCUUCCCCUGAACGAGGCAUCUUCAUCAGG